AUGGUUUCUGCCAAUAGUGUUGAUCUCAUGACACGUAAAAGCGACCCAACGGGUUAUACGCCUAACACCUAUCAUUCAAGCGAUAUAAUAGUCCAAGAAUUCUUGGCAGUUGGGGGAUACAGCACAGUAUUCAAAGGAAAAAUGAAAAAAUCUCGAAGAAUAGUCGCAAUGAAAACUCUGUUGCCCACUCGAUAUGAAAGUAAAGAAAAACAGGACCAAGAAUUUGACAAUGAGAUCGGUACGACAUCUGCUAAUAUUCUUAUUAAGGAUGGCGUUGCAAAAAUAACAGACUUCGGUUUAUCUGGUAAUCCAAAUCAAGAAUCGUCCAUGUCAAGGUGUAGAGGACACCCGGCAUACAUAGAUCCGAUGUGCUUUACGACUAAGUCGUAUAAACGAGGAAAAAAAUCCGACAUAUUUAGCCUUGGAAAUGUGCUUUGGGAAAUUGCUAGUGGCCAAGUUCCAUGUAAUGGAUAUCAAACCCACGAGAUUGUCAUUCGUCGACUCAGCGGAAAAUGUGAUGAGGAUGAGGUUAACGAAAUUUGCGGAUUGCCUAAAGACUAUAUUACACUGUAUUCCGAUUGUUGGAAGGAGUGUCCUGACGACCGGCCAUCAUGUGAACAAGUUUACGACCGGCUAAAAUUAUUACGACCAACGAGCCCCUCAAAAGGUCUUGAUUUGUGCAGGACAGCCUAUUGUCAUUAUUCAAAUUGGUCUAAAAACAAUAGACAAAUAUUGAAUGUAUAA